AUGACCCAACUAUAUCAAGUAAUGCGCAAAAAUAUGAAGGCCUCAUUGACCAACUUGGAUGUGAGUUGGCUUCUAAAUUUGUCAGCGGAAUCCAUAGAUAUGUCAGCCGAAUCAUUGUGCCUGGUGAAACUCGGGGAGUUCAGGAAUGUUUGUAUGAGUUGGAACGACUUAUUGACAAGUACCCCCCGCCGCACUUCUACUGCGUCGCUGAGCACGGAGACCACGUCCACGUCAGCCACGUAUGUGGCUACUCGGGCGGAUCUUGUAGGUGCUCCUUCCUCGUUCGAGGAACAUUUUGGAGCAAGUACGGCCGACGUGGACUUCGUCGGAUUUCUCGAAGCAUCAGCUUCCAACCAAGGGAUUACGGAAACGUACUGCGAUACCUAUCUGAGGGCGGCAGACGCAUCCACCUUGUCGGAGGCUUCCGAGAAAAUGGACGAUUAUUUAAUCGAUAUAAACAUCUAUCGGCGCGUGGAUAUUUGGGAGAAACCAAAAGGGGAUUACUGGAAGGGGGCGACAGCACGGUGCCGUGGGACGUUCAAUGCGAACCACCAAGCUGUCAACUUCGCGUCGAGGAUUGUCAAAAUGAUGGGGGAAAAAAUGGUGAAACUAAAAAACUUAAAAAGGAUAAGAAAGACGCCUGGCUUCGUCCAGAAAACGGGCCAUUAA